UUCUGUCAACACAACCAAAGCUGCCAAUACAACAACAACGACCACAGCUUCUGUCAACACAACCAAAGCUGCCAAUACAACAACAAUGAUCACAGCUUCUCCCUCAACAAGCUUGGGUGCUUCAACAGUCUUUCAAGGUACUCCUACAGCAACUAUUUUUCAACCUUUAACUGUGGCUGGUACCACCACUAGAACAACUGGACAACCUGUCACUGUUCCUACGACUGGACCCAGAAACACAACCACUACAUUUGGGUCUCCCUCAACAGCAUCAAAUGCAGCAUCAACACUGGCCACACUAACUACCAGAACAACUCCAACCACCACUACAACCAGCGCACCAACAACUACUAAAACCACAACUGCAACUACUACAACAACUACAUCAACUACAGCAACUACUAGGACAACCACCACAACUGCGCCUAUUCAACCUGCUCCAGUGGUGGUUUUCAUCAUACAACAACUUUAUGUCCCACAAUUAAGUAACCCUGCGAGUACAGAGUUCCAAACCCUUGCAUUAACUGUUAUUGCAGCGUUUGAUGUGAUCUACAAAACAAAAUACGGAAGCUUCUUCAUUAGGACGAUAGUUCUCGCAUUCACACCUAUUACCCGUUCCCGGAGUGCAGACACGCAGGCUGAGGUGAAGCUGGUGUUUAACCAGACCGCCGCACAACCGGUACCUCAACUUGCUGAAAUUGGGGACACGCUAAAGGCAGCUCUGAACAGUUCCAACAGUACCAUCGGCAACCUCACAGUGGUGUCAGACUCCAUCAAAGUUACAGUACUCACCUCAAAUACAACAGCUACUCCUGUCAUUACUUCCGCCAUCACAUCUACAACCCCUGCAACUACAACCACUAAAACUACAACCACUACAGCUGUUCCACUCAGUAUGGUGCCUGUGGUAUUCAGGUCCUUAGGGGAGACCUUCACCUCUGACCUAUCAAACUCAUCAACUCAGGCCUUUCAAAACCGAGCAUUACUCAUUAAAACUCAGCUUGAACCUUUUUAUCGAUUGGCUUUCAUCUCUUUUAAUAGUUUGACUGUGACAAAAUUCAGCUCUGGAUCCAUCAUAAAUACUAUGAAUUUAGCAUUCCUCUCCUCCUCGGUCCCUAAUAACACAGCGAUUGGCAACGUUUUGAUAAAUGCAGCUCGAAACAUCACAGCUUUCAACAUCGACCCCACCUCAGUGACAGUCAAUGGCACAGCUAACUCAGGUGUGGGCAGCAAGGCAAGUCUCUUCACAGCGUCCUGUCUGGUGGUUCUGUCAAUGCUCCUAUCAAGACAACAGUGA